AUGUCUUUCGUCCCGAAUUCUUUUGGUGUUGGAUACCCUACCGAUGAAUACGAUAACCACGGAUACCAGCUCUUUAUCACUGGAACGACGUUUGUGAUUGCAGCGGGUCUUUUUGUCGUCUUGAGGCUCUGGGCUCGCUAUCAAAAGGGCAAUGUUGGUUCCGACGAUCUGUUUAUUCUUGGUUCUCUGUGCUUCUCAAUCAUAUUGACAGUAUGCAUGAAUCUCGCCGUCGAAAAUGGCUACGGUGUGAGCAAGAGUAAAUUGACAAAGCCUCAAAUCCGCGAGGCCUUGAAGUGGUUCUUUUUUGCCCAGAUAUUCUACAAGAUCGUUGUGAUGCUCACAAAAGUGUCACUGCUGCUGCUAUAUCUGCGCAUCUUUGUCUCUAAGCAAUUUCAUAUUGCGACAUAUGCAGUUUUGGGCAUCGUCGGAUGUUGGUCGGUUGGCUCGAUUAUCGCGACUAUAUGCCAGUGCAUCCCCGUGCAAGCUAGCUGGGAUGCCUCAAUCACUGACAAAACUUGCAUCGACAGCGACGCCGCUUGGUAUCAAUAUGGCAUCACCAAUAUUCUGACCGAUCUUAUAAUACUCGCCCUACCAAUCAAGCCUAUUCUGGAACUUGAACUAGGUCGCAGGGAGAAACUGGGGCUAUUGGGGGUAUUCUCAUUAGGUUUUCUCGUAUGCGUCAUCAGUAUUUUGAGAGUUGUCGUCGUGGCAAAUUCAACGCAGCUCAAAGCCGAUCAGACCGGCAACUUCGUCCCCAGAUCAACACUGACCCUCGUAGAGGCAAAUUUUGGCAUCAUCUGCGCUUGUCUUCCGUUGACACGCCAGCUUCUACGUCUUCUCUUCUCCCCCAAAUCCAGUGGCAAGGCACAGUCCUAUGAGUUACCAAACACUGGUUCGAACCCACCUUUUGCUCAUCCGGUAAAUUCAGAGACGCAACUUGGAGUCCACGAGGCUGAAGGAGAAGGACAACGCCCUGACUCGGCUCCAAGCCGUGGCAGUCUCCUUUGUGAGCAAAAUACCAAAGAGUAUAGUCCAUAG